AUGUAUACAUUAUAUACUUCACGUAUCUGUAAAAAUGGACCAUGCUGGGUGACAUGGCAGUUUCCAAUUGAGCAUGUUUGUAGCAUAUUAUUACCACUUGCAAGAUCACGGUUAUAUCCGUAUAAAAAUAUUAUUAAUAACAUUUACAUGAUUGAACUUUUUAAUCAUUUAAAAUUUUACAAGCAAAUUAAUCAAAAAAUAUCUUUACCUGUGCAAGAAGCAAUAAAUUCAAAUCAAAUAAAUUUCUUAGCAGAAGGAUAUGAAGAACAAUUUUUUGGCCCUACGGCACAGUAUAUGCUUAGUAAAGCAGAACUUAAAAAAUUAAAAAAUCAUUACAUAACAAACUUUAAUGUAACAUCAAAUCAGUUACGGGUCUAUAUGGAAAUAGACAAAUAUUCAAAUAAUCGAAAGCAUGCACCAGUUUUCGAAAUGAAAUCAUUUUAUGGUAAUAUAAAAUAUUAUCUUAAAUAUAAACUUAAUAAUGAAGAUCAUAUGCUGGCCUGUAUAAAUUGGGCAAUACCGGUUAUAGAAGACUCGGCAGGGCUAAAAUACUUCCGUCAAUUUUUUGGUUAUGAUUUUAUAGAUGUAAAAACAAUUGAUCGUUGUGUUGGGUUCAUUAAA